ACGAAAGUCGUAGGGUUGAAUUACUUGAAAACGGGAAGUGAUCCGGAACUCGGGAGCGAUGAUGCGUAUCCGGCGUGGUUGUGGACGCUGUCGGAGGCGAAGGAAAGUUUGGGAGGGUACGAGCGGAGGAUCGCGGCGUUGAAGGCGGAGGGCUUGGAUUGGCGCGCAGAGUUUUCGGAGGAGGACGCGAAACGGUAUCGGAAACUCGAACGGACGCAUCGGAUCAGGGAAAAUAACGCGUCGCGCGCGAAGAAAUAG